AUGGUAGUGGAGCUAGUGGAGUUACAGAAUGGCGACGUCACGCCAUCGUACCUCCAGGAGGUGUUGUCGCUGCUGCAAUCGUCGCAGCACCAGCAGCGCACACAAGGCUAUACCAAACUGCUUCACCUUCAGAUGCAGAGCGACGGCGGCGGCGACGGGACAGCCGCUGAGGUGCUCCAGCAACACCUGGCAGCACUGCUCGCGGUGCUGCGACCCGACAUCCUCUCCACCGCCACCGAUAUAUGCGUGUACGCCAUGAAGUGCGCCGCCUUCUUCCUGCACCACCCAGUCUUCGCCAACCACGCCUCCGACGCAGAUGUGAGCGCCACACUGAAGGCCAUACUCCAGGCAAUCAUGACCACCAACGACAAGGUGGUAUGCAAUUUGGCGGUGUGGUGCGUGUCGCAGCAGAACGUGCGCGCGCCGCUGUUGGCGCAGCUGCUGCCGUCCGUGCUGCGCGCGCUGGUGCACGCCGUCGUAAACCCCAUGGCGUCGCACGCCAUCUCCUGCGAGGCCUGCAAGGCUGUGCGCGUGCUGGCCCUGCAGCUGCCGCAGGAGAUGCGGCAGCACGCGCACGUGUGGGCCGUGCCCAUGUGGCGGCGCCUGCUCGUCGCGUCGCACCGCAAGGAGCGCGACAUCAUCCACGCAACGCUCUCGCUCGCCGCCACGCGCCGCGUGCUGCUGCCGCCCUCACCUCUCGUCACCAAGGCGAUGGUGGAGGAGGUGAAGGGCGGCGCGGUGCUGCGCAUGGACGCGAUGCUGGGCGACGUGCACCACAUGCCGCUCGUCGUGCUCGCGUGGGCGUGGCUCGUGCGCCUCACGGGGGGCUCGCUGGCGGAGAAGGGCAGCACGGCGCUCGCCAACGCGCUGCUCAAGGUGCCGGAGCGCACCUUCAUGGCGCCCGACGCCGCCGUGCGCGCCGAGACGCACAUGGCGUGGCAGUCGCUCAUCGACGCCUUCGCGCCCGCCAUCCCCCUCGCUGAUGCACCGCUCGCUGCUGCUGCGCUCGAAGGGGGCAAGCGGAGCAUCGCGUCGCGUUCCCCCACUCACAGUGCGUGCUGCUUCAUCCCAUCCCAUCUCGCCCCUCCCUGUCUUCUCCUCGCGCGCGUACCAUCACCGCUCUUCCCUUGGCUUUUUUUUUUAUUUUCCCCAUUCUCUCUCAUAACCUGCACCUCUCCUUCCCUCUGCCCGCGCUCCCCAGAGUCCCCGGGCUCCACGCCCUUCCAGCGCAGUCGAGGCGCGAUGGUGGGAGCGCCCUCGCCGAAGCGCCUCACGCUGCUGAUGGCUCCGCUCAUCACCACCGCAGCGCACGAGGCCGAUUCGGCGGUGCGCGGCGCCGCUCUUCACGCGUGGUGCCACCUGCUGGGGUCGCUGGGCCCCUGGGCGUCGUCCGCCGCCGUCUUCUCCACCGCCGCCACCCCCAUGCUGCGCAUCGUGCUCCGCCGCGGGCCCUACCGCCCGGCACCGGGCGCGGAGUCUCCGGCGGGGGAGGCGCAGGCGUGGGAGUGGGCGGGGUGCCUGAAGCUCCUAGAGGGCUUCGUCGCCACCACAGGCGCAGGCGCAGUGGGGGAGGAGGAAGCGGGACUCUCCGGAGCGGCGACGCGGGAAGGAAUCAAGGACGCGGGCGCGGGGAAGCUGUUGCGGGGGGCCAAGGCGGAAAGUGGCGCGGAGAGUGGUGCGCUGGUGCCCGUGGAAGAGGUGGGCUCGAAGGCGGGGACGUUGGUGUCGGUGGCGGCGAAGGGCGGGUGGCAGGUGUCGGAGGGGCAGGGCGGCGCGCUGGAGCGCAAGUACGACAGGCGGCACGCGGCGGCCGCCAUAGUGACGACGGUGGAGUGGGCGCCGUGGCAGGUGGAGCAGCUGAGGGAGCUGCUGGGGCUGCUCGACGUCGUCGUGCGACAUGCAUGCGACCCAAGCGACGUCGCUCGCAACGAGCGCGCAGACGGGCGAAUGGCGUUGGAAGGCUCGUCUCACGGUGCGGCGCGGGGGCAGGAGGAUGGACGGGUAGCCGAGCCCGCGCGGUUGGGCGGCGGCGAGGCGGGGGAGGCGGAGGCGGCGAGCAAGGCUCUGGAGGUGAAGGGGGAAUGGGCAGUGGCCGCCGGGCGGAGUACGGACGAGGACGCUGAGGACGGCGGCGAGGCGGCGCAGGUGAUGAUGGCGGAAGCCCAGCAGCGCGCAGGCCCUCCGCAAGUGCGCGCGUCCGAGGCCUCCUUGCGCCUGUGGGCGCUUCUGGUGCGCGGAGUGGAGGCGCUGGGGCGCGGUGCAGUGCGGCCGAGCGCGGAGCACGUGGCGGCCGUGCACCUGCUGCUCGAGUUCCUCCACGGGCUGCUGGGGCUGCCCGCCGCCGCCCACCACGGCGCGCACGGCGGCGGCGACGGCGAGGCGGCGUGGCUGGCAGGGUGGUUCGACCUGUGCUGGGAGUUCACGCGCGCACUCACGCGGCACCUGACGCCGCUGCUCAUGGCCUCCUCCUUCUACCGCCUCGCCCUCGCCACACCCUCCUGCCUUCCCCUCUCCGCCUCCACCGACGUUCCCGUCUCCCCCAAAACUCCGACCGGUGGCACCGCCUCCGCUCACCGCCUUCCCAGCACGGGUGCGGGGGGAGCAGCUGCGGGCCGCGCAGGCGGGGCGAGUGGCGGCAGCGCGACGGCUGUGGCUCGGCGUGCUGCAGUGCCGGCGGUGUUUGUGACGGCGCUGUGGGUCGACGCAGGCAUCACAUUCGGCGCGCACGUGACAGGGAUUGGCGCGCAGGGGCUGGCGGAGCGCGCGGAAGAGCUGGUGGCGGCAGCGGUGCAGGGCGCGGACGCGAGCAGCCGAUUUGUGGGCGUGCUGCGCGCGCUCGAACAGUUCUUGCCCUCCCCCGCCGCGCACGCCCCCGCCUCCCCCACUGCUCGAAAAGCGGGCAAGAAUGGGGCAGGGGAGGCGGGACGGUGGGCGGUGGAGCAGCGGCGCGGAGAGGGGCAGCAGAGCAGCGGAAAGGGGGGGAUUACGGGUGGCGCAGAGGGCAAGGUGGAGAGCGCAGCUGCCGCGGCGCCGGCGCUGCUCUCCUUCGCGCUCUCCUUCCUCUCUGCCUCCGCUGCCUGCGAGUCGCAACAGGGACAGGUGCAUUCGCUGUCCCACGCAACGGCCGCAUUGUCGGCACCUGCGGCAUGUGCGUGCGCGUGGUGCAUUCCCGCGUCGCUGCUGCGCGACGUGCUGCGCGACACGGAGCGCCUCGUCGUCGCGUUGCUGCACUCGCCCGCGCUCAGGUCGCCGCACCACCCCAACGCGCCACUCACCCCGCUCUUCGCCGCACUCGCUUCCGCCGGACACUGCGACGCCGCGCCCGCUGGGGCCGCUGCUGCCGCUGCUCGGCCGUCUGCCCCCCAUUCCGCCCCCGCGCCCCCUACCCCCACUGGAAGUGCUCCUCCCGGCCGCGUGUCCGCGGCGGAGGCGUGGUGGGAAGUGGCGGUGCGCGCGGGCGAGGUGGGCGCGGAGCGCAUGGACCUGGCGGCCGCGCUGCCCGCUAUCACUGUCACCAUGGCGGGGCAGCGCCGCCGCCUCUCCGCGCUGCGCCCGUCCGCCGCCGCGGGCGACGUGGCGAAGGGGCUGCACGCGGGGAAGGACGAGGACCCGCGGGGGGUGGUUGAGGCGGCGGGCGCGGUGGGCGCGCUGGUGUUGGGCGCGUGCAGAGUGAUCGACAGCACGGGCGCGGACGAGCGGGGCAGAGAGGUGGGCGCGGAGAAGCUGCGGAGGGCGGUGGCGGUGUUGGCGUCGCUGGCGUCGCGCGUCACCUGCGCGUCCGACUCGCUGCUGCUGCUGCACGCCGCCCUCCCCGCGCUCACCGCCGCGCUUUCCCUCGCCUGGACGCCCCCCCUCCCUGCUUCCGCCGCUACCACUACCCCCUCGCCCAGACACGCGGGCAGUGCAGCGGGUGCAGGCGCGCAGAGCUCCGGCGCACAGGCGGCGGCUAAGGCAGUGGGCGCGCGGGGUGCGGCGGGCGCGGAGAAGAAGGCCUUCGCGUACCCGCCAGCGCUGCUCGCCGCGCUGGCCAUCGUGAAAGAGACUGCUGACGUGUCGCUGCCUUACUGGCCGGCAAGCAAGGACGCAAAGGCGUUGAACAAGGAGGCGGGUGCGGGCAAGGGGAGUACGCCCCAGGCAGCGGCAGGUAGGGCGGGGUCGGCGCGAGUGGCUCCCAGUGACGUGCUGCUGUCAGCGCGUGGACGACUGAUGCAGCAGCAGAGCCAGGUGGCGGGCAAGGCAGCACGCCCAGCAUCGCCUGUGCGUUCCACGGGUGUGGGUGCUGCUGCACGCGCGGACGCCAAGGCAGCAGCGGUGGGCAGAGCAGGCACGGCAGGGGCAGGGCCAUCACAGGGCAGGGACAGCAGUAUUCGCCCUGCCAGCCCUGUGCGCCCUGCCAGUCCCUCGCGUGUGGGCAGUGUGGGUGUGCGUGCAGCAGCAGCAGGAGCAACAACGGCAGCAGCAGGCAGCAGUGGCGCAUCAAGAAGCGGGCAUGAGAAGGACGAGUCAUCACCAGCAUCAGCUGCAGCAGUGCUACCGGCUGCAGCAGCAGCAGGAGCAGCAGCAGCACGGCCAGCGUCCCCUGUGCGCAAGUCCAUGUCGCGCCUGCUGUCCCUGUCCCGCCAGCACUCCCUUGACCGCAAGCCACCUUCCCCCGCUCCCACCCCCUCUGCUGCGCGCACUGCUGCCGUCACCACUGCCAGUCUCAGGGGCACGAGCAGGAGCACUGCAGGGAGCAAUGCAGAUGGACGCAAGGGGCCAGGCUCAGGCAGCAGCGAGGCAAGGAGCGCCGUGAGUGCAGGCGCUGUAGCCACACCCAAGAACACCGCCACAACCACUCCCACCACCCAACCACCUUCCACGCCCACCACGCCAAGAACCCCGCGCACUUCAACUACUCCUGCCACCCCCGCCACCCCAACCACCCCCACCGCCCCCUCCACCCCCACAACCCCGGUGCACGGUCGCAGCAGCGCAUCCCGGCCCGCUUCCCCACUGCGCGCCACAGGCAGGGCGCUGCUGGCGCUCGCCCGCAAGGGCGGCAGCAGCACCAGCAGCGCUGCAGCAGCCAAGGCGCCUGCCUCCCCCACCCACCGCAGACCUUCAAGCCCAGGCCCCAGCACGGGCACAGGUACCAGCCGUGGUGCGGGCGGUGGGGGCAGUGGCAGGGAGGCGGGGCAUGGCAGCGGCAGCAGCAGCAGCGGCGCAGUGAAGAGCAUGCGGUCGCUGGCAUCGAGCCUGAGGUCGUUGCUGCCACACAGGGCCGGCAGCACCACUCCCAGUAAGCAUGGCACAGCCGCCAAGAGCAGCACAGGCAAGGCAGGCGAGGCGGGCGCGGGCAGUCCGGCAGCAGCAGGUGCGGCAAGGAGUGGUGGAGCUGGCAGUGGGAGCAGCGAGUGCAGUGGGAGCAGCGAGUGCAGUGGGGGAAAGGCAGCGAGCGUUGCGGUGGGUCACAUGGGGCGCAGGGCGAUCGCUGCUGCCAUGGCCGCCAAGCGAGGCAUGCCCGGUAGGGAAGGCACUGCAGGCAGCCAGCAGCAGCAGCAGCAGCAGCAGCAGCAGCAUGCACAAGAAGCAGGCAGCAUUGAGGUAGAGCGCACCGGCGUUCCACAGAAGCUGGGUGGUGCGGCAGCAGGUGAGGCAGGUGGGGUGGAGGACACGGUGAUGCAGGGUGCAUCUGGUGCAGGAGUCUUCCAGUCACUGGGUUCCCCUGGCGCUGCUGCAGGGCUAGCAGGGGGCGGUGCAGUGGCAGCAGGGGUGGCGGGGGAGUGGGCGCGCAGCAUGGUGCAGUGCCGCCUGCUGUCCCGCAGGGCACGCGAGGCAGCAGCACUCGCAGGGGAGGCGCAUGUGGUGACAGAGGGGGGAGGUAGUGGGGAGGGGGAGGGCGGAGGAGGGGCGGAGGAGGGGCGGAGGAGUGUGACAGGCAAGCGCAAGGUGGGGGCGCCUCAGGUGAGGGAGCAGGACGCACGGGCGCUGCUGCAGGCUGCGGUGGUGACAGUGGGGCACAGGAGGGCACGCAGUGAGAGUGGCAGUGAGGAAGGAGGGGCACUGAAAGGCGACUCACAACAGCACAAGCAGCACGUGCAGACGCAGCACGCGGGUGCAAAGAAGAGUGUGCGACGGCGCAAGGCAUGGCGGAGAGCAGCGGUGGCAGUAGUAGACGUGGAGGAGGUGGGUGAGGCGAUGCGUGCAGUGGUGCGGUCGGCGGGCAUGGUGGAGAUGCUGCAGGCGGUGCGAGAGGCAGCGGGCGUGGAGCACAUGGAGCUGGAGGAACUGGAGGCCGCCCAGCGCUGCAUCUCCGGCAUGUCCCGCCACAUCGCUGCCACCAUUGAGCGCCUGAACUUCGAAGCAUGCAAUUCGGCAUCCUCAUAUACCUUCUCAGCUUCUUCAUUUCGACCACAAAGGUGCCUCAAGCGCAAAACUCUACUCCUGGUUUCCCUCCUCCCCUCAACCCCGCCCUGCAAUAUAGCCCUUCCCCUCGCCGUUAUCUGCGCAUCGCCUGGCGAUAGCCGCGGAGCAUGCGCCACAUCCCGCUAUUGCGGGCUGCCUGGGAUGGCGGCGGGGCGGCAGGGCGGCAGGCGGGUAAUAGACAGUAACGCGCGGGGUAGAGGCAGGCGCAGCGUGCUGAGCGCCCUGGUGCUUGCGCUCGUGGGCGCGGUUCUGCAUGGCCAGCGCGCGUGGCGCGGAGGGGCGCUGGGGAUGGGGGAGAGCGCGGACGACGCCAGUGGCGGCUCGGAGCAUGCACGCGCCUUGUACAGGCACUGGGAGAGCGCGUACGGCCUCGACGCCUCGUCGCUGCUGCCGCCGCCCGCCAUCACUCUUCCCCCUGGCGUUCCCCGCGCACCGCACUUGGAGGAUUGCGCGCAGCGGACGGCAUGGCGGGAGCGCAUGGAGGCGCGCGGGCGCGACGGGGAGGCGCCUGCAUGGGCUCGUCCCUCCACGUGCGGGGGGGUACCGCAGCCGCCAUGGGUGCGGGGGUCAGACGCAGCGAACCUAGCAGGGACGCGAGAGGCGCAGAGGGACAUAUGGGAGCAGCAGUUCCCGGCGUCAUGCGCGGGGCGGCGCCUGGUGGUGGUGCCGUGGCUGAACGUGGCGUCCUUUGGGCUGGGCGCACAGCUGCACGUCGUCUCUGCCAUCCUGGGCGCGGCGCUGCUGCACAACCGCACGCUGGUCAUGCUGCCACACUCCAUGGCGCACGCUCACCAUGCCCACUGUGAAGCGGUGGGUGAGCGGGGGUCGUUGAGCUGCUACUUCUUCCCCAUGGCAUCGCGUGAGUGCGAGGCGGUGGCCAUGGCGGCGUACCACAGCGCCGCCAUGCUCAAGUGUGACAACGCCUCUGUGCUCGCCUCGCCUGCACCUGUUGUGUUCGGCUGUGGACCCAAGCUGGGCCAGGACUCCGCUGUCGUCAGGCGGUGGGGCGAGGCGUACAAGGAGCGCGCGGUGGUGCAGGAGGUGGAGGACGCCCUCUAUGCGCGCAUGGACGACAAAAUCCGCAAGAAGCACUGGUGGCGAGCGCAGUCGGUGCGCUUCAUGCUGCGCUGGCCCUCGCGCCACCUGUGCCACCUCAUCAACCGCGAGCGCCACUCCGCCUACGGCAUGCACGUCGCAGCACAGCUGGCCGCCGCGUCACAUCAGGCCGCACUGCUCUCCUUGCUCCUCUCCUCCCAGCCCCACUCUCAACCGCCUGCCUCCGCCUCUCCCCCAUCCUCCUCCCCUCCUCCUGCUCCCUCUCCCUCCCCACCUGCCCCUCUUGCUCUUACGGGCAUGCCCAGCAUACCUCCCCCAUCCGCGCUUGAAUUGCAUGCAUGGCCGCUGCUGGGGUACGACGCCUGCGAUGAUGCCACCGCUGCCACCGCUGCCACCGCUGCCAGUGCCAUGCUCACCACGGCACUCCCCCUUCACCCCGCGCCCGCCGUGCCACCACCCAGCCCUGCGCCACCCAGUUCUGCUGCACCUCCUGGCCACGCCCCUCCCUUGCAGCUUGACCACUGGACUGCAGCAGAGGCGGCGGUGCUGGUGGGGGGGCCGGUGCACAUGCCGCGGCCGGUGGUGAGUGUGCACGUGCGGCAGGGCGACAAGGCACGGGAGAUGCGCCUCUUCUCCUUCUUCGCCUUCAUGCACCGCGCCAACCGCCUGCGCCGCCUCGACCCCAACCUCAAGGCCGUGUGGCUCAGCACCGAGAUGCAGAGUGUGGUGGAGCAAACAGCCUUGUUCCCCGACUGGACCUUCUAUUACUCGCAGUUGCCUCGCCAGGGUGCCCGAGAGGCCAUGGCAAAUUACUCCACUGCCACUGGCCUUGCAACAGUGGUGGGCGCUAGCUUUGCCAAUCUACUCAUCGCGUCCGAGUGCGACUAUUUUGUGGGAACUCUUGGGUCCAACUGGAACCGUCUCAUUAACGAGCUCAAGUCAACUAACGGCCGCCUCUUCUCUGGCUAUGUAUCACUCAAUUUUGGAGAAUGCCGUCCUUGGGCAGUUGGGCGUAUCGUUGUAUCAGCAGCGGCCAUGGAGGUGUCGCGAGCCGUCGCUCUCAACAACGCCUCACUGCCUCCCUCCUCGCUUCUCGCGCCGCUAAGGCGGCGAGCAGCGCCGAAUGCGACGGGCCGUGGCAGAAGUAGCGUCCAUCCGUCUCUUCCCCCUCGCCCUCUCUGCACCCAUCUCUCCGCCUCCUGCGCGCUUCUGCCUGUGCGCCCAGCCCUUGGGGUAUGCCGCGCCUCAGGACCAAGGCGGAGCGGAGGGGCGCAGCCGGGGGAGGAGCGGCAAGAAGGGGCUGGUGUUAGGGGAGGGAGGCGAAGCGGGGUGGUGGUGAGGGCAGGGGGCGAUGGGGAUGGAGAUGGGGGUGCAGGAGAGGAGCAGAGAGAUGAUGGGUUGGAUGCGGUGCUGGCGAAGGUCGUGUGGGCUGGCUUCGGCCUCUACAUGCUGUGGCUCUUCGUGCUGCCAUACGCCCCUGGCGACCCGGCGUGGAGGAUAAGUGAGGGCACGGUGCAGGAGGUGAGGGACCUCUCGCUCAACUUCUUCUACAUCCUGCCCGCCCUCAACGCCGCGGGCAUUCAUGUGCUGGAGGCUCCGCAACUGCACCCUGUGGCGGAGGCGCUGUUCAACGUGGUGAACGCCUGGAGCCUGCUCUUCGGCCCGCUGCUGCUCGCCGACCCCAGGCGCACCCGUGUGGGCUCCAACCUGCCCGCGCUCUGGCUGGGCCAGAUGUUCCUCACUAACGUGUUCCUCAUCCCCAUCAUGGCCCUGCGCCUGCGCCCAUCACCCCCGCCCAACUCCGCCGCGCCCCUGCGCCCUGCCGCGAUCGCCACCUUCCUCUCCUCCGCACCACUCCCCAUCGCCCUCGUGUCCUCCACCGUCGCCCUCGCAUCGCUCUUCUGGGCGGCCCUUGCUCGCCCUGACGUCGCCCCUCUGGACCUCACCGUGCGUGUGGCGUUUCUCUCGGACUACCUGGGCAGCAACCGCCUGGCGUAUGCCUUUGCAUGGGACGUGCUGCUCUACUCGCUCUUCCAGCCCUGGCUCAUCAAAGACUGCCUCUCCGCCCUGCGCCCACCUUCUGCACAGGCAGCACGUGGGGAGGAGGGGGGGUCGUUGUCUGGGGAUGACGAGGGGCUGGUGGAGGCGCUGCAGUGGGUGCGGUUUGUGCCGCUUUUUGGGCUUGCUGCUUUCCUCUGUGUGCUGCCACGGCUGAGAGCCACGCGUGGGUUGAAGGAGCGGGAGUGA